GAUUGCAGUCAUGGAGGUGAAUAAGGAGGGUAAUCUCUCGAAAUUUACUGAAGCUCACAGAAUGGAGCAAGUCAGUACGUUUUUCUGCCGGUGAUGACGCUUUUGCUACAACAGUUCUAUGGUCACAUGUUAUUUUUGUUUAUAUUUUUUCAUGAUAAUGUGACAAGUCAAAAGAUAAUUAUUUAUUAAUUGUUAUUAAUUAAUGUGACGAUUUAAACUAUGAUCAUAAUAUAAUAAAUUGAUAAAACUAUCAAUAAGUCUGCAUUUAAAACACGAAAAAUGGUACAAAAAUGUAUUGUUUUCGAAUGUCAAACAUUAAAGGCAAAUAAAAAUGGUAUUUCUAUUUUUUCUGUACCAAAGGAUCCUAAACUUUUUGAUGCUUGGAAAUCAAAUCUCCCAAAGCUAAGGAAUUCCCUGAGUGUAUCAAGUUUGGUUUGUGAAAAACAUUUUCAUCCAAGUGAUAUAAUAUCACAGUUUACUCAAAAAUUACCUUCAGAAACGUGGAUAUAUCCUCGUAGUAAAAAACGAUUGAAACCUAAGGCUGUCCCUAUAUCUUCAGACGUCUGUUCAUCUUCAGAUAAUACAAUAUUCAAGGGUGAUAACGAGGCAAUAAAAGCGAAUGAUGAAGUACCAAAUGAAUCUAUCGUUGAUGCAUCAAUUAAUCCUUAUGUUCAUGUAUCAAUUAAACCUGGUGUUAAUGUACCAGAUGAGCAUGAAUUUUAUGUACCAAUGCAAUGUAAUGUUCAUGAACAAAAUGACUCUGAUGUUCAUGUACCAGAUGAGUACGAAUUAUAUGUACCAAUGCAAUGUAAUGUUCAUGUACCAACUAAAUCAUCAUUACAUAUGAUACAUGCGUCAACUCAGACUGUAGACCAUAAUGAUUCAUUCGAACUAAAUAAAAAAAAAUUGAAUGUAAACACCGGUAAUUUUAAUUUUUUAAUGAUCAUAUACUUUGAUGUGUCACAUUGUCAUGUAUUAUGAGAUUGCCAAAAAUGUAAACAAAAAUACCAUCACCAUGUGACCAUAGAACUGUUGUAGUAAAAGCGCCACCAUCGGCAAAAAAAGGUACUGACUUGCUCCAUUCCGUGAGCUUCACCAACAGCCUAUGCUUUAACAUAGGAGAUUACCCUCCUUAUACACCUCCAUGAUUGCAGUAUUCACGGG